GUCUAUUUAAAUGAUCUCAGGUUUGUCCUUUUUUUCUGUCGGCGAGGAGUUGUUGAAUGGGAAAAUAAUUUUGGGUAAAGCACUAGUUGCAUUGAGUUAUUCAGCACUGACCACGAAAAGUACAGCAUACCAGGAAUUGGAACUCCUCAUCACACGAUGCCGACACGAGAAUUCAGAAACACUCUCUUCACCCACCUGCUGGUGGCCAUGUUUGGAAUGGGGUCUUGGGUUGCAGUGAACUCUUUAUGGGUUGAGCUUCCAGUCAUAACACAGAUUCUCCCUGAAGCGUGGAAUCUGCCAGCCUAUUUGACAGUACUGAUUGCCUUUUCAAAUGUUGGCCCCCUAUUGGUCACCCUUGCUCACCGGUUCUCCCCAGGCCUGCUGAACGAACGUUGUCUUAUAUACUCCAUCCAAGCACUCGGUGUGAUUUCCUCUGUUGCCUUAGCGCUCACCUGGGAUCGGAUUGUGCUGAUUGGCGGGGAGCGGCACAGUGUUGCCUUCUUGACCCUGGCAUUUGCUCUAGCCUUUGUCUGCUGCACCUCCAAUGUCACUUUCCUGCCCUUCAUGUUCCGCCUAUCAUCCAAGUACAUCAAGACCUUCUUUGUAGGCCAGGGCUUCAGUGCUUUCUUCCCAUGUGUGGCAGCCCUAGUGCAGGGUGUUGGCCAGCUGGAAUGUCGCAACAGCUCUGCUGCCAAUGGCUCCCAAUCUCUUCAACCACACUACCUUGAGGAGAGCUUCACAGCUAGUACCUUUUUCUGGCUUUUAGUGGGGCUAAUGUCUAUCUCCCUCUUGUCCUUUGCUGGACUGGCCCGAAAAAGCAACAGCAAGCAGCACACGACGCAUGACGGCAAGGAAUCGUGCCAACUGACUACGGAGAGUAAGCCAACCCCCAAAAUCCCAGCUCCAUUCUGCACUACCCGUAACGUCUACCUGCUUAUCUUGCUGGCUGUCUCCAAUGCUCUGACCAAUGGGGUGCUGCCAUCAAUCCAGACGUACUCCUGCCUGCCCUAUGGGAGCACCACCUUCCACCUGGCAGUGGUGCUUGGGAAUCUCGCCAAUCCGCUGGCCUGCUUCAUUGCCAUGUUUGUGCACUCAAGGUCCAGUAUUGGACUUGGUGUCCUGGCAUUUCUAGGAUUACUGUGUGGAGUCUACAUUUUGACAUUGGCGGCACUCAGUCCAUGCCCCCUGUUGCUGGGGAGCUCAAUGGGUGUUGUUUUAGUGGUGAGUGCAUGGAUGCUCUUUACUGGCUUGUUUUCCUAUGUGAAAGUGGUGAUUGGCAGCAUCCUCCAUGAGGCGGGUCACCUGGCCCUGGUCUGGUGCGGAGCAUCCAUUCAGAUCGGCUCACUGAUCGGUGCCUUAGUCAUGUUCCCAUUGGUUAGUGUCUACCAGCUCUUCACAUCAGGGCAGGCAUGUGUGGAUAUCUGUGGCCAGUGACUGGCAGAGGGACAUCUCAUCAGACUGAACCCAAAGGAAGCCUCCAAAUCACAGCAAAGACUAUUUACCUAUGCAAAGAAGCCUUGAAUCCAUUGUGCUUGACAAUGGAUAAUCAGAGGGUUUAAAUCUUAUUGGAAGGUGCUCCAUCUUUUCGCAAUUGGGCCUGGAUUUCUGUCACCUGUUCCAUAUUUCACCUGUUCAAAGUUUCAUCUCCCAGCUCUCCACCUUUUUAUCCUUCCUCGGCACUUUUUUAAAAAUUAUUUUCUCCAAUCCACCUGUGGGUUAAUCACCAU